AUGAAGGACUUGAGCCACAUUGAGAGACUCAUCAGGCGAGUAUCCAUUUCCAUCAACAACUAUAGUUUCCAAAACUGGUGCCCGCUUAAGCAGGAUUCUGGCCAGUCAUUGGCUCGCCUUCAAGAUACGGAUCAGCACAGUCGAGUAAUUGAACUCUCUUCAAAUGCAACAAGUCACAAUCCAAAUCCUUUACGGCUGGACCCAAUGAACUGGAGCUGUAUAGAUACCUCAUGGGAGUCCUCAUUGAAGUCACUGCACUGUACAACAAGUGUCUCGAGGCAUGGAGAAGAUUCUAUAAGGGCUAGAAUGCCUGAAAUGCUAUCCUCAUCCUUCCAAGAUUUAAUUAUCAAAGAGUCUCGCCUAGACUGUGGAAGGUGGUGGCUCUUUAACACUAGGAAGUCAUGUUCCUCAGCCGCAACCUCAUACCUAAAGUAUAAAUUGAAAUAUCCAACGAGCGUACAUACGGUGCCGAAAUUUCCAGCAGCCUCACCUCUUCAGACUCGGCUACUGAAAGCUCGACAAGAUUCCGAGAGCCAAUAUCCAAAGUCGAGAAUCCCCAGCACCCUCUUAGACCCAAUCUACUCAAAACAGGACAAGCAGAUAAUACCUUUUGAACAUCAUCCUCUUGACCCUGCUAUUGGGCCCCACAAUGCACCCUUUCAUCCACAACCGAACAAGGGACGAACAGGAGCAAACCACCAGGGGAAGUACAUAGAAAUCUCUAAAGGAGUCGAGCUUCAAGGUGAGAUGCUUUACCUUGUUCCUGACAGCAAAUUCAACCCAUGUAUUGACGCAAAACUCUCGUCAUAUGAGAAGUCUAUCCACAGUUCAUCUAGGUGGUUCCCUGAGCGGAGAACGAGUGUCCUGUGGACACGUGCCACGAGCUUGCGUAUCUCUUUGAGCCUGGUGCUGCUCUCCUCGAACCUAAGGUUUGGCAAAUUGUGCCAGAGGUAUUGCCAUCUUUUGGAGAGGACGCUGGUGGCGGCGGCUCCCUUCAUGCCGAGAUGA